AUGUUGGAUAAUUCGUUGAGCAUUACACGUGACGUCCGACAAAUCGUCUCGCGAAAGAUGUUUUCACAGGUUCGAAACCGAUUUCAUCCUUUUUCGUGCGGACCACAGAAACGCCUAGCCACUCUGCUGAGCGAGAAUGUUCAGUGCGCGACAGUAAUCUGCCACAAGAACCUGCCAGCCAAAAGCUUCGACGUCUUGAUGUUUGCGGCGCCGGUGAUUCAUCAGAACUUCACAAUACAGAUGCUGCCACCAGCUCGAAAAUUGUUUCAGUGCAGCAAGGUAUUUGCCUCAAUUCGGAUGUCGAUGGAGAUUUGAUAUCAGAAGCAAGUAGUUGCUCUGAUUGUGACGAUGUUC